UUCGCUCGUUUACCCAUAUCACUAUGCGCUUGACAGUUGUACUAGCAGCACUAGCUUACUGGUACUCUCCACCAGAGGCCGCUAGCAUGCGCACUUGUGAAGCGGCCGCUCGUAAGAUAGUUCAUCGGUUCUAUCCAUUACGCCACUGCCAACGUUCCAAUCGCACCGUGAUCGGUCUAAAGAAUGUAAAAACGGUUCGCGAGUGUGCUGAUUUUGCCCGUCAUAAGCAGGGAUUGGCGUUUAACUAUGCACCGCUAGAUCGGAACAAUAGUAAUUGGUUUGAGGUGGUGAAAGAACGUGAGCAGAACAAAACUACUCUACCACCGCAACCACCACGUGUCGCGAUCAAUUCGUUUGGGUUUGACGAUUUCUACAACUGUCACGUGCUCGAUUGUCCAGAAUAUCGUAAUCUUUCGACAAUUGUUAACGAUACUCGAUUUGAUUACUACACACUUUACGCAAGAGUUCUACCUUCUGCAAAUUCCACCUGUAUACCGUCAAUCGGAAUGUUUCUGUACGAUGACACAAAGAAAAACUACUCAUACGCAUACAACUCUUGUGUUACUGCUGGUGGUAGCUUGGCACACAUUGCUAGUGAUGCUAGAACGUUUCAUCUGUCCAAAUAUAUUGCGAACUUGCCGCUGGGGAACACUACAACGACGAACUCUACCAACAAUGCUCCAAUUGAUGCCGUAUACUACGUGGGAUUGAACGAGACGUUAAAGAAUCGAUUUUUCACCUCUGCCGAUGAGCGUCUGGAUUGUUUCAUCUUUCGAGCUUGGGCUCCUGGACAUCCGGACCGUAACCGACAUCCUCCCAGCUGUGUGGCACUAACUGACGAAGGUUCCUGGAAGACUUAUAACUGCAACCGAACACUGCCGUAUAUCUGUGAGUUACAUACCUCGGGGCCAGCGCUGUACCAACCCAAGCUGAAACGCAAAUGCCACGUCAAACGUCCAAACAAUAAAAUUGCACCAUCUCGUCGAGUAACGCAACGAUGA